CCACAGCUGCAAACGUGGGACUCGAUGAUGUGUAAGAAGUUCCUUCCGAUCCGGCCUCUUCCGUGAGGAAGCCGGACAGCCGGCUGCCAGGCGUUACCUGGCAACCAGCGACACCACAAACACAGGCACAUGCGACCGCGGCUCGGGAAGGCAGAGGAAGAGAAGGAAGCAGGCUGCCGGCUGCCCACAUUCCCAGCUGCAGCUUCCUUCCGAGCACGGAGGAGGGACAGGUGCUGUGUUUUCGGGCAGGGCAGCAGCCAUGGUCUCAGUCAGCCUGUUACAGCUGCUGGAUGACGCCAUCGGGACGCCCGAAGUCAAUGUCAACUUGGAGGCGCUCCGCAAACUGCUGAAGGUCAUAUUGGAACACCUGAGCCUGCUGGGUCUGCAGGACGUGAGCCCCCAGGAGGGGGCCCAGGAAGCCGCGCCCGCCCCGGGGCAGAGCCAUCCCGCGGGAUCACGCCACGGCCCGCAGGAGGAGGUAGGCUGGACCGGUGCCGAGGCUUGGGCAUGGGACACAGGGCAGCCCUCCCAGCCGCCGGGGGUGGAUGAGCUUCAGGGGACCAGGAGGGGCUCUUCUGUCUCUUCGGGGGCUGCCGACAUGGGACAGAUGGAGAAGACUGAAGCCAAAGAGAGUGGCAUCUCCAAGGCCACUGCUCUCUCCGAGGAGCCCCACAGGGAGAUGGCUGGGAUUAAGGCCAUGCAGUUCAACAUGGGAAAGGAAAUUCAGAGGAUCAAGGAGGCACUUGGCCAGACCACAGAUCUCUGCAAGGAUCUCUGUAAGGAGAUUAAUGAGUUGAAGGCCACACAGUCCCGCAUGGGUGAACACCUCCGGAUGAUCCAGGAAGCACUUGGCCAGGGGAACCUCCAGGAUGCUGCUGGCCAGCCACUGGUUCUCCAUGACCAGCCUGCCCCUGACAAACCCCACACUUUUGACACGGACAAGCUGGAGCGGAGCCCUGGUACCCAGAGCACCACCCCUGGGAUGCAGACAGGGACCCCCAGUGCCCAGAGUGGCACCACUGGGACACAACUUGGUUUCCAAGCAGGUCUUCCAGCUAUGGAGAGCAUCCUUAGAGAUCUAUCUGAGCUCCAGGGCCAGAUGUCCUCCCUGCAGAACCUGGCCAGAGACCUGCAGGAUGAGAAGGAGAAGAUCAGACAGCUGCAGGAUGCCCUUGGAAAGCUGGGUGUGACUGUAGCCGAGUGCGAAGUGGAUGGCACCAAUGAAAUCCCCCUACAGCUGGAGCCUGCACUGCAGGAGAUUAAGCAGGAGCAGAAGGAUCUGAGAAAGGAGCAGAAUAUUACCAAGGCCACACUGAAGCAGGUGGUUACAAUUGACCAGCUUCAGGAGCAGCUGAAUGAGUUGAAGGCAAUGAUGGGGACUGGGAGGCAGCAGCAGGGCGAGUCACGCUCGGACAAUAAGCUUGUGAGGAAGCUCCUACACCGCUGUGAAAGGCUCCAGCAGCAGGUGGACUCCCUGGUGCCACAGCAGUUGCAGAGGUCACUGCCAGAGAAGACUCAGGAUGAGGAGCUGCUAAAGAGCAUCCAGGCCACUGUUGUGCGGGUGGAAGGGGACUGUGAGCAGCUCGGCUAUGUCACAGGGAGCCUCCGGGAUGACCAUCGCCAGCAUCAGAAAGAUAUCGAGGCUCUGUUCCGGUCCCUGGAGGGUCUUGAGAAGAAAGCAGACAAGGAGGACCUGCUGCUGCUGAAAGUGGACAAAGCUGCCCUGGGCAGCAAAGUCAGUUGCGCCCAUUUUGAUGAAAGCAUGGAGCGUCUGGAGGAGAGGAUGCGGGAGUUGCUGAGACAAGUGUUAGGUCAGGAGCAGCGCUGGCAGGAGGCCCAGCAGCGGUUCAGUGAUGCCCUGGACUCCAAGCUGGAUCGCCUGGAGCUUGGGCCUUUCCAGAAGCAGCUAGAGGAUACCUGGGCAAAGAACAUUAAGGAUCUCAAGGAGGAGUUGACGGUAGAGAUUGACGAUGCUGCUGGAAUUAAGCAGCAGCUGCUGGUUCCUUACAAGUGCCUGUCCUGCGACCGGCAACUCAACAUGCAAGUGCCUGGCCCGCACAUUGACACAUUGCCGCUCUUUCCACCGCUGCCCUGCAGCCACACUGCACACCCCUCUACCAUCACCACAGAGGAGCAAGCACAACAGCACAGUCACAGGAAGCUGGUCAAUAGCAAGUUCCUCAAGUCACAGAGCUGCAAGGGUCAGGACACAUCCAGUGCACCGAUCAAGGAUGUCCUAUCCCUCUCCAAAAAGCCUGGCAUGACUGAGCUGCUGGGAACAGAGGAUUACGUGGAUCAGGGCCAGGAGCACAGGCCUGAGGUGGCAAAGAGGGCACAGAAUAAGCUGGGUAUGGCCUGUCAUUACACCAGUGCUGGGGGGAGAGAGCACCAGCUGUUUGCUGGUGAUGGGUGAGCUGUCUGCACACCUGGGCAGGUGCAGGGAGGGUCUGGAGUCUGAGGCAGGCUGAGGAGGGGUGGAAGCAGGAUGGAGAGGGAUGACUGGUGGAUGGGACAACUGGUCCUUGGGUGUGUUCAAGACGGAGUGCAGUGUGGAGAUGGCCCUGGCCAGUGUGGGAAAACAAUCCAUAUGUUGGAGGGCAGGGGCCAGUACCCCAUCCCUGAGGAUCUCUGGCCAUGCAAGAUGCCCCUGGGCUUCAAGGCACUUACGUCUGUCCUUUGUCCCCAGGCCCCACCACCUUAGCAGAGCACCAGCCCGCUUCAGACCUCAAACACUGAUCCCGGGCACUGCAGCAUUUGCUGCAAAUCCAGUCCCUCUGGAGGGAAUGAGUAGCCAGGCAGCUAGCUGUAACUGGAUGCUCAGAGCCCUGCAUGAAGAAGACUGGGACAGCUGCCCCAAGGGAUUUCUUUUCAAUUUAAUAAAAAUAUUUUAACUUGCUAUGUUGGAGAUAUUCUAAGCAGGACUGAUUUCAAAACUAAUCCCUCACUUUAGGGCUGCCACCCUAAAGCUGAACAGGUGCCACAGGGAAGGGCAAAGUUUUGGUGGGGACAGGAGCAGCAGAGUUUGGGGUGAGGCCCCAG